ACCUGAAUCGGUACACCUUCGCAUAUGGCGUCAGCGACAGGAUACUGGUUCGAAUCUCCUUGGGUGCAUACUUUUUCUCCUGACUUGGAUAUUUUCCCAUGGACACAAUGUGUGUCAGUCCUGAGAACACCUCUUGGAGUCGAUCCUAGAAAGAACCUUGCGACACUUCCAUCGAAUUACCCAUCCUGGCCACAAGAGGUCCCCAGUUGAGGGUAAAUUCUGUGGGUGGAGAGUGUUAAGGAGGACCCGAUUCGCAGGGUAUCCGUCGAUUGACUUUUACCUGAAUCGGUACACCUUGGCUGCUCUUUUUGCAUGGGCUGGCAUCAAACAACUUGUCCGUGCACAAUUCCCCCCACCGCACACCGUUGCUUUCGGGCACAUCUACCACACACCGUACCUCGCGAAACUUCGGCCUUCUUCGCUGCAGUCCGUGUUCCAGCUGUUGUUCGCUCUCCGUCGUGCCACCUUUCAUGAAGGUCCUCAAGGAACGUCGGUGGUGACCCAGGAGGGAGGACUCCAGCUGCCUCUUGCUCGUGGUGCUUCGACCAACGACUUCAAGCACGAUCUACAAGCCCCCCGACAGGCCUCUUCACGCCCUACACAUGGUUCUGGAGAAAACAAGGACUUCAGUAGGUCGGCGGCUCCGGUGUCCAAGAGCUGGAGGAACCGUUGGGGCGACCGGGAUUCGACGGCCAAGAGCAGGCCGGACGACCACCACCGCUUCACCCAGUCUUCGCGAGGGCGCGGCGUCGGAGAUAACAGGCGAGGGCGAACCGUGGGGAACCAGCCUACGAGGUCUUCGCCGGCGAGUCGCCAUCGCCGGAGCAGGAGUCGGAGCGCAGAGCGACAACAGCGCACCAAUCCUUCGUCUAGGCGUGGGCGCAGCCGGAGCGGAGACCGUCGUGGGAGAAACACGCCUCCGUCUAGGCGUAGCCGUAGCCGGAGCCAGAACCAGAGCGGGGGCAAUAGCAGGGCGACCAGCACUGACAGCAGUCGCGGUGGGAAAGGGCGACGGAGGUCAGGCCACGGUAGAAAACCAUCUGCGCAAGGAACCGGCAGGGCCCUCGACGUACGCCUUCUUCAUCCAGAAAUUGGCGGCCGCCUGGGACACUCAAGACAAGAGCUCGGGGAUUGAUCGUCUUCGCAGUUUUGGCGUAUCCAACGGCGAGACUUACGGAGAAUACAUCCGUCGCUAUAAGGCUCUGGCCAUGACCGUCAUGGUUUCCCACCACGCGUUCAAGCCUUCGGAUGCGCAAGUGCAGAUAGCUGUUCGAGACUCCAUGUUGAAGCAGUUUCCGGUAGUGUCUGGGCAGGUGUACAAGGAUGAGCAGCUCUCCAUGGAAGCCCCUUUUGGGCGACAUGCUUCGUGUCUGGAUGAUAUGUGGGAUGUGUGGACAAGCGUGCGUUAGCGCACACGCCGGCGGUACAUGGAGAUGAUUUCUUUUCGGUAUCUUCCACGAAUGCUAGGAGUUCGUCUGCUGUUUCGCGUGCUGUAGCUUCUUCGGCGUUGCGUUCGACGGUGACCCCUUCGUGGAGCCAAGGUUCUUCGGCCGCCGUGAUGAGUGUUGACCCUCUACCUAAUGAU